UCUGGGAGAGACAGGUUCGUCCUCGGAACCACUCCGUCCCCCCGGCGGACGAAACGUUAUAGAUGGGGGAGAUCAAGGGGCGCAAGGACGACGCUGCGGCGUCACCAGCAUCGCACGGCAUCAACAUCGCCGACCAGAGGGGGGCACGACGGACUAGGCCAUGGGAUGAGGAAUUCGGCACCCCUGCCGAGGACGAAGCGAAACCGGAGUACGAAUGGAGCCGUGGUCGCGGCAACACUGCGGCGAGCUCGGCCCACGCAAGAGGUUCCACUACCUUCGCUGUUCUUGACAUCUACCACGACCUAUCCGAAGGUGCACUUUACUCGUGUUUUUUUUGUCCCUUCUCGUUCCUUGGGUGCUUGGUCCUCUCUUUCCACCGUGCUCAGGCCUUGCCUGGCCUCUCUCUGCUUGGAGCCUGUGUAGCGUACGGGGGGAAGUGGAGCCAGCUGUGUGGUGGGGGUCACACCACUAUACUACGGAACGGGCAGAUCGACGGACAGAUCGAAUGCCGACCCUCCCGGCAGGUAUCGGGUGCUCGCGAUACACGCGUCUGCGGUGGUGCUGGGCCUGGCGACGUGGUUCAGCGCGACGGCGGUCAGUACCCAGCUCAAGGAACGCUGGGGCAUCGGAGACACAGCCUCGGGCCUGCUGACAAGCUCCGUCAACAUCGCUCGCAUCCACGCUGUGGUGAGCGUAAACCCCCCUGCCCUCUCGCGCGCCUGGCCCUUCGGAACGAACUCCCUUUAGGUUUCGUGGUCGGCGCCGUGCUGCAGGCCGUCCUCAACAUGGCAGACCUGGUUAGACCGCAGUUGAUAUCUACGUGGUUCAAGUACGGCAGGGGCGUUGCUCUGGGCACCAUCAUAGGGGGCUUGUCGCUUGGGUCUGCGCUCCCCCACUUGAUCGUCGGCGCGGGAGGCGUCGGCGAUCGCUGGCGCAUUGUUACGUACUCGACUUCGAUACUGGCGCUGAUAUCGGGAGUCAUGGUCCUUGCUUUCGUACCAACAGGGCCGUUUCCUUUUUCGAAGGCCAAGUUCAGCCUGCAGACCAUUCCGCGGCUGGCUGGAAAUCGCGGGGUCGUGCUCGCCACGUUGGCAUACUGCGCGCACAUGUGGGAGCUGUACGGCCUCUGGACCUGGUUCCUGUCUCUCUACACGGACUACCUGGAGGUGCAAGAAGAGGACGGCCUGGGCGGGGGUACGGACGACCUCUCGAGGAAGCGUCUGGCGAGCCUGGUCACUUUCGGUGUCGUCGGCAUCGGCGGCAUCGGUUGCCUCUUCAUCGGGUGGAUAGCGGACGCCAAAAUCGGUCGGUGUAACGCAUCCAUCACUGCCUUGGCUGUCUCGGGAUCGUGCGCCGCCGCUUACGGACCGUUGUCCGGGGCCGGAGCUCCCCAGGGUUUGCUGAUCCCCCUUGCUUUGCUGUGGGGCUCGGCCGCUGUGGCGGAGUCGGCCCAGUUUAGCGCCAUGGCCACCGAGCUUUCGGACCAGGACACUGUCGGCACGGCUCUCACACUGCAAAUGGCGCUCGGGUUUACCGUCACUGUUGUCGGCAUCUUUGCCAUCCCCCUGGUGGAGGAGGCGACCUCGUGGGGAUGGACGACGGUGUUUCUCGUACCGGGACCCGUGCUCGGAAUCGGCCUUAUCAUGGCCCUCAAGCUUUCCCCCUGCGCGGCCAAGAUGAGCAACGGCAAGGGCUAG